CUCGACACUAACUUGUCUUAAGGCCUGAGUGUGUGCGUGCGCCACCAGUCUACCACACUAGUUCAUUGUUGUACUCCACUGUAUGUUGAAACAGUGGUUGUGGCGUAUCAGCUGUGUGUGUCCCUCUCGUGCCAUCACCAACAUUCAUCAUGGCUAUGGAUAAUAGAAGUGGAAGCAUAUUUGGUCUUGUUAACCCUUCCUACGGCGCCUCAGAUCCUGGGAUGAAUGUUCCCUUAACAUCAAACCCCGGGUUGUCUCAACUAUCACCUUAUUUGAACUUUGAUCCUGCAUAUUUACAAACAACUCAACCAGAAUUUAUAGCCUUAGAAGGAGCUUCACAGAAACGGGGACGUUUUGAGUUGGCUUUCUCGCAGAUUGGCGGAUCAUGUUUGAUUGGCGCUGGUCUUGGUGGGGCGCAGGGGCUGUACGGAGGGCUCCAGGAGACAGCAGCCGCAGGUCACACAGGCAAAAUCAGGAGAACACAAUUGAUUAACUACCUGAUGAAGCGUGGGUCUGCCUCUGCUAAUACUCUCGGAGUCGUAGCAUUUAUGUACUCUGGUUUAGGAUGUCUCUUGUACUAUGCUCGCGGUAGCCACGAAGAUGAUCUGAAUACUGCGGGUGCUGCGACCAUGACCGGGCUUCUCUACAAAUCAACUGCUGGACUAAAGAAGUGUGCUGUGGGAGGACUGAUAGGACUGGGCUUAUCUGCUGCAUACAUUGCCUUUUCAUCGCGGGAUAAGUUGAAGGAUCAGUAUGCACAUAGAUUUUAAUAGGGCCAUUAUACUUAUUCACUACAUAUAAACAAUUGCCAGUGUGUUUUGACCGUGAUAAGAACAGGUUAUGUGGGUAAAGUCCGAGAAAAGCCAUUUAAACAAAUUCCAAUGUAACAACAAAUGAUGUUGAAAAUGGGCCAAAUUAUUGUUCCUUUCUCUUUAAAUUUUGCAUACAUGUAUUAUUGAACCAUUAGUGAAAGCUUAUUGGUUGUUGUGUGUGAGGUACACUCCCCACAAAAAGUUCUCGUACUCUCUAAGGGUCAUACAAGAUGACAAAAUGAAAGAGAAAUCUGAAUACUGCUCUCUGAGGAAGUUUUAGUGUCCAUUAAAUUACUUCUUUUCACAUGUAAAUACAGUACUGUAAAGGUGAGUAACAUAUAUCAUUAUGAAAUAUUGAGACUCACUUUGCAACCAUUCUGAGAAGACUUGAGCCAUAGGACUCAUCCUGAAAUCUGUUGUGCCCAGCUGUUGGAGAACUUUUUAUGGCGAGUGUACAUUAUCUCCUUAUGCCUCGGAGAGACUAUCAAUAUUGACUUACUUCUUAUGCAUCCAUUAUAUAACCUGGACACCGACGUGUGGCAUAAUUAUAGUUACGUAAAUUUCCACUUAUUUUGAAAAAAAGUUGUGUUUAUCAGCUCCUAGAUUUUGUAGACGAGACACGUGAAGGAUAUACAGUAAACUCUCGUGUGGAAAAAAAUAUUAACAAGUCUAUUUUGAUUUGCUUCGAAUCUUAUGAAUGACUUCUCUCAUUUAAUAUGUGAGAGUGUUUGUUAACCAAAAUAACAAUAGGAGGUUAUUAAGAUUUUUAUAUAUGGAAUACCUGUAUUCAGGUGAAAGUCCAACUUUAGCUAUAAAGUUUAACUUGGGCCAAAAUGAAGAUCAAAAUGAAAUUGGCUGAGAGAAGAAAUAUUUGCCUCAGAUUACAACCAUGGCUUAUGCUUCUUCAGGGACUGCUUAUUAGUGGAUAAAUUUAUCUUGGAGUUGUACUGUACUGUAUAGUGAUAUUAAAAGGUAUUUUGUUGCGUCAUAUAUUUCUGUAAAUAUUUACUUCACGUACAAGAUUUUUUUUAUUUAAUAAAAAAACUAAAUAAAAAUUGUAAAUUC